AUGAUGAACUUCGCACCUCGAAAACAGCCACUUAAGGAGGGCCGCUCCUAUCCCGGUGGCCUUCCAUAUGCCGGCCCUCCUGGUCGAGGAGUCACUCGACGUCAGGGAGGUCUUUUUCUGCUAUUACUUCUAUUGAUACCCCUAUGGCUUUUCUUCACCUCCGGCGCCUCAUUUACAGGCGCUCCACCACCACCAAACCCCCAAACACGGUUGAAUUCACAGCCGCUCGAGAAACCACCACAAGUUGUGGUCAAGGAGCAACCUAAGCAGGCAGCCGACGUGCCCGCCGUUGCACCAGGGUCUAAUCAAGCACCAUUUGUAGCCCCUGUCGAAUCCGAGGACCCGGCACUCCUCAAAGAUGAAGAAUCCGCUCAUCCUGAGCCCAAGGAGGCCAGUGCCGGCAACCUACAAGGCUACGGCGGCAAUGCUGGCUCCGACAGGGAAGACGCGGCGUUGGCUUCCUCACACUCCGCGAGCAAACCCAAGGACCUGGCGGCUGACAAGCCACAAUGGUCCGAGCGACCCCAGUUUGAGAAGGCCUUAGCGCGUAUCAUAAACAUGCUGCCUGGUGAGAUGCAUAUGCGCGACCUGCUGCGGCCCGUCGAAGGCACUGGCAAGGAGCGUAUGCGCGAGAUGGGCCUUCGCACCCGCGCGUACAAAUCUUAUUUCGAAGCGUGGGAGGACUUGCAUAUCGCCAUCGAUGCUGAGGGUGGCUCAUAUGUGCGCGACGAUGUGGUGCAGUACAUGCGCUCACACGAGCAUAUCAACAACAUAGACAGCCCGGCCAUCAUAGGUCUCGAGGCGAUGGAUCUCGCACAGCAGAUUCGUAGCUACGAGAGCUACCGCUUCUUCCUGGCCAAGUUCGGACAAAUGCUGUUUCCUUGGACCGGCCCCUAUUUCAGCGACCACAUGUCCCUCCAUGCGCACUUCAAGCGGGGUGGCAAGGGUAUCGUGCUGACGGCUGGCGAUGACCAGGCCCCGUACCUGCUCACGUCGAUCCCCAUCAUGCGCGAGCUAGGGUGCAAGAUUCCCGUUGAGGUCAUGUACCUCGGCGACUCGGACCUAUCAGAGGACUUCCGCUCUGAACUCGAAGCCCUCGAUGGCGUGGUUACGCGUGACAUUGCGCAGAUGGUCAACGAUGAAGGCUGGCGGUUGGCCGGCUGGGCCGCGAAACCAUUUGCCAUCCUCUUCUCGUCAUUCCGUGAAGUCAUCUUCAUCGAUGCGGACAGCAUGUUCUUCAAGAAUCCCGAGGUGCUGUUCGACGAUCCUGGCUACAAGAAGACCGGUGCACUAUUCUUCCGUGAUCGCCUCAUCAUGCCCGAGAACAAGAAGCGAUUCCUACAGCAGAUUCUACCGAAACCCAUCAGCAGACAAGUCAAGCAAAGUCGAUUCUGGACCGGUGACUCUGGACACAUGCAAGAGUCUGGUGUCGUUGUCGUUGACAAGUGGCGGCAUUUCAUGGCUAUGCUGAUGGUUACGCGUAUGAAUGGUCCCGAUCGUGACGGCAACAAGGGCGAAGGUCGCAUCGGCGUAUACGACUUGGUAUAUGGCGACAAAGAAACCUUCUGGCUUGGCUGGGAGCUUGUCGGUGACCCAGAAUAUGCCUUCCAUCAAGGCAACGCUGGUAUCAUGGGUGAUCUUGAAAAGGACACAAAGACCUCCAAGGAGCUCGAGAAGGAAGAAGAGAAAAAGCGGAAGGAAGAAGCCGAAGCGAAGAAGCGAAAGGAGGAAGCCGAGGAGAAGAAGCGAAAGGAAGAAGCCGAGGAGAAGAAGCGAAAGGAAGAAGCAGAGGGCAAGAAGAAAAAGGAGGAAGCAGAAGAAAAGAAGCGCAAGGAAGAAGCCGCCCCCAAAGAAGCCGCCGACAAGCAAAAGCAGCAGCAACAGCAGGAUCCGGCCAAAGCCCAGAACAAGGAGGGCGAGCAGCAAAAAGAAGAGCCCAAGAAGCAGCUCCGCAAACGCGACGACCCUGCCAUGGAAGGCCAGGAACCUAUUCCCGCGGCAGCGCCACAGGGCGACAACCCUCCUCAAGCAGCACCACCAGCAGCCGCAGCAGCAGCAGCACAACCGCCAACGCCAGAAGUCGAUCUCACGCCCCACACGAUGUGCUCGCCGCAACUGCUGCACCUGGACGUGGACGACACGCCGCUCUGGUUCAACGGCUGGCUGCUCGACAACAAGUUCGCCGACAAGCACAAGAAGAAGUUCGGCUCCUUCCGGCACUACCUGAUCGAGCCCAACGAGGUGCGCGAGCCGGGCGCCUGGCAGCUGCACGAGAACAACGAGUGCUGCCUCACGACGGAUCGCGACAAGUCCCACUCGUUCAAUGAGAGGGAGCUGAAAUUGUUGGAUCGCAUGAUGGCCAAGGCAAGGGAGGUGGGCGCGCCGGGGGCGUAG